UUCAUGAUAGGUGCUAAUCAAAUAAACGUAACUUGCAAAUGUUUAUUUUCUCUAAUUCCCGAUAUUAAAAGAAAAUAAAAGGUAAAGUCAAAAUUAACAAAGCUGCAAACAAAUGCUACAAAGUGUACAAUUCUGGAAAUAUCAUUUGAUGCGAUGUGAACACAGUCAAGUCAUUCAGACAUUUAAGAUGGCAAAUAAAUAUAGAUAUGUCCUGUUUAUUCUCCAAGAAAACAAUGAUUAUUUACUGCACCCACAAACAUUGAUUAGGGCAUCUGAACGCCUCUUGGACAGUAACAACUGCCGUGUCCUACGGGUACAUGAACGCAUCACAAUCCAAAAGCACGGUGUAGGUGUUGAACCGAAGCAGAUCGUUCAGCCUCCAUCCUCAGCAGCAUCAACAUCCUCAGCAGCACCAUCAGAACCCCUCCCUGCCCCAUCCAGCCCUCUGAAGGAGACCCUGGACCAGCCCCCGCCGCGUCCGGCUCACAGGACGUCAGAUAUCAGCUGUUUUUCCAUCCGGAGGCUUCAGAUCGCGGCGGCUGGUGGCGCAGGCGGAGACGAGGACCUGUCGGUCUCAGAUUAGACUCUGCUGCUUGUUUGGUUUGGGAAGCGGAGGAAUCUGCCUGCGUCGAGGAAGGAGUCAGUCCUGGCAGCGUGCGUUCGGGAGGACCGGAGUCUCGGCCUGAAGUCAGCGAAUCCUCCAGUAUCAGAGUGAUGUCCUCACGACAGUCGUGUUGGUGAACCCAUCAGAGGAGGCGGCUUCUUUACAGACCAGCUCUCUGAUCACUGACUCAGCUGAUAAUAAGUUGUUGAUCCUGAGUGGCCAGAGCUCUGAGCAGGGAGGUGAUAUCCUGCUUCAAAGUGGAGCCUUCACUUAUCAUCACUUCACCAGUAUUAUCUCCGAUCCUCUACUGAGCGAAGUUCUGUCCAGACCUUCUUCAGCAAAGCCAUCCAAGCUUACUGUUUCCUGUCAGGGAGACGGGGGCUGGAGCUCCCUGGGCGAACAUCAGGAGCAGCGGCUACUGAAAAAUCUUGAAUAUUGCCUGAACCCUGAACCCCACCUUCCAGACAUGGAUGGAGUCACAGAGUUCACUGAGUACAUCUCUGAGACUGUGGAUGUACCAUCACCCUUUGAACUUCUGGAACCGCCAACCUCUGGAGGGUUUCUGAAGCUGUCCAAACCCUGCUGUUACAUCUUCCCUGGUGGUAGAGGAGACUCUGCUUUGUUUGCCGUGAACGGAUUUAACAUCCUGGUAGAUGGAGGCUCUGACAGGAAGUCCUGCUUCUGGAAGCUGGUACGACAUCUGGACAGGAUUGACUCUGUUCUGCUCACCCACAUUGGAGCGGACAACCUCCCAGGCAUCAAUGGGUUGUUCCAGAGAAAGAUAGCGGAGCAUGAGGAAGAGCACAACCAAGGAUCUGGCUCCAGUAGCAAUGGUGACUGGAUGAGGAACCUGAUCUCCCCUGAGCUUGGGAUUGUAUUUUUUAACGUACCAGAAAAGCUUAGAAUGCCAGAGUCAACCCUGAAAGUAAAGAGAAGCAUUGAAGAAGCAUCUCUGACACUGCAGUACCUCAACAAGCUGGGCAUCACACCUGAGCCUCUUCACAGGGUCGUCAGCAACACCAUUGAACCAAUCACCUUGUUCCACAAACUCGGUGUGGGGAAGUUAGACAUGUAUGUCCUAAAUCCGGUCAAAGAAAGCAAAGAGAUGCAGUUUCUGAUGCAAAAAUGGGCCGGGAACAGCAAAGCCAAGACCGGGAUUAUGAUGUCGAAUGGAAAAGAAGGAGAAAUAUCUGUACCCUAUUUGACAUCAGUCACUGCUUUAAUCGUUUGGAUACCACAUCGUCCAACGGAAAAGAUAGUGCGGGUGCUGUUCCCUGGAAAUGCUCCGCAAAAUAAAAUUUUCGAGGGCCUGGAGAAACUGAAACAUCUCGACUUCCUGCGAUAUCCAGUGGCCACUCAGAAGGACAUCUCAUCUGGCGCCCCUCCUCCGAUCAUCAAACAAACUAAAAUAAGAUCAAGAACAGACAGCAAGGAGAGCCUCAAAUCUUCACCCAAACCACACGCCAAAGCUAUUAAAAAGGAAAGCGGCGGGCAGGAGGAUGAGGUGAAGACUGACACCACUAAGGAGAACAAAAUUGAAAAGAAAGAAGAAAGAAAACUAAAAAGUGACAGUUUAAAGGCCACCAAACAGCAGAAGAACAGUGAAGUGGCCCCAGGAGUAGACAAGACAGCAAAAACGAAAACAUCCAAAGAAAAGACUUCCAAGCAGGAGAAAGCAUCUAAGGUGGAUGAAAAGAAAGACAAAGAGAAAAAAGAAACCAAGAAAGAAAAAGUAAAGAAAGAUGAAAAAAUAAGAAAAGAAGAGAAAAAAGAGGGUAAGGCAAAAGAAGACAAAAAGAAAGAUUCAGGUAAACCCGAGUUGAGAAAAAUCACCAAACCCGACUUGAAGCCACUCACCCCUGAGGUGAGAAAAACCCUUCACAAGGCCAAGACUCAGGUCAAACCCAAGGCUGACAAGAACAAAGCCGUUAAAGAAGAAGCAAAUGAGAAAAAGCCCGUUCCAAAGAACAUUCCUGACGAGGUUGCAGCAGCAGCGCUGGCCGACAGGUCCAUUGUCUCCUCACCCGAAGACCUCACUGAGGACUUUGAGGCUCUAAGACAAGAAGAGAUGUCCAAACAGAAGACUGAGUCAGUCCAGAAUGAUGUGAUGUGUGGACUAUCACUGCACAUUGAUGCUAAAGCUUCUUCUCCAGUUGAGCCUGAUGAGAAGCUAACAUCUCCGCCCACCGAGAUAGAAUCUCCAGCACCAAAAUCCCCCAUCACAGAAGAGAUACAAGACAACGGUGCAUCUGAACUGGCUACGGGUACACUGAAGGAUGUGAGUGAAGGCUUUGAAAAGAAGUACGAAGAAGAGAAAAUGGAGAAACAUGACACAUAUUCUCUGAAGGAAACCAUGACGGACAGGACAAAGAAAAGCGAGAGCUCAGAAGAGGAGGGUGAUGUAAUUGAGAAGGCUGAACUAGAAGGAACCGAAGAUGAUGAGGUCCUAAAAUUUAAAUCUGAUGACAUGAAAAAGGAAAAAGCUGGAAAAGAGUGGGACAUCAGACCAGCUGAACAAAAGCCUUUAACAGCUGCAGCACCUGUAACAGCCUCGGCCUCUGAGCAGUUCUCCUACAUCCAAGAUGAAACCAUCCCUGGUUACUCUGAGACAGAGCAGACCAUCUCUGAUGAGGAGAUCCACGAGGAUACAGAAGACAGGAUCCCACAGCUGCGCUACGACGUGGCUUCUUGCGAUGUCUCUGUUCCCGAUGUCCCUGGCACCUUUGACUCUAUGCAUGGUAUUAAGGAGAUGAAGAGUUCUGCACUUUCAGAUGCUGCAGAUGUCAAACCCAAAAGUAUCGUGGGUGGUCAUGAGCCCGAGCUUGCACCCUACCCUGCCAUCAUUGCUGCUCCUCUUGCUGAAGAGGAGCAUAUCUCCUCUGCAACAUCCAUCACUGAAUAUGACAAACUUUCUUCCUUCGCCACAUCUGUAGCCGAAGACCAGUCCAUCACCUCGAUGACUGCCCCUCAGACCGAAGACGUUGGGAGGAACUCACUCCUACUGGACACCAUUAACAGUGUCCCAUCUCGUGCAGAGGCUGCCCAAGGAAAGGACUACCUUCACUCUGCUGGAACCAUUUCUCCCACCUCCUCACUGGAAGAUGACAAGUGUUUUAAGUCUCCUUCCUCUGACGAGUACCAACCUAAUAUACCAGAGAUCGAGAGUGAAGCAAAGAUUAAGUCAAUCCAUGAAGAAGACGACGAUGAGGAAGAUGAGGAUGAGGACCAGACCCCAAAUGUUGACAUUCCUUUAGGUAAACUUCAAGAGGGCUAUGAACACGCUGCCUUUAUGAUGCGCCUUGAAAAAGAGAAAUAUCUUCCUCCCGUCAGUCCAACACAAGCUGAGGAGGAAAAACAGGCUCUCUUCAGAGCUGAGGCGGUUAACACUGCUGCUGAGAUCAAGCCUGUUUCACCCCCUCCAUCUUUCUGUCCCAUGCUAGAGCCCCACUCCGGGCAGGAUAGUGAGGAAAGGUGCUUAAGUCCUGAUGACAGCACCAUGAAAUUAGCUUCGCCCACACAGUCAGUGCCCACAAGUAGCAGCUACUCACCAACAGAGGAAAAAGCCUUAAAGACAGAAGAAAAACAUGAAACAGUUACCGAUUUGAAGUCCGACAUCCAAAAAGCUGAAAGAUCAGUCAUUAUCUCUGAAAAUACCUCCGUUAUUGACCUGCCAGGUAACAAAACCACAUUUGACGAAGCAUCUGAGGAGUCUGACGAAGACAGCGGGGAUGAAUAUUUUGUCAAAAAGGAGUUACAGCCUACUAUAAAAGCUAAGCUAAUGGAGGCCAAAGAGGGUUGCUUCUUGGACGAUGACUUUUCGUUUGAGGCAAAAUCUGCAAAGACAGAAACAGAAACCAAGAGUCCAGACAAGACUCAAGUGUCCUUCAGCACAACAGAAACACCAAAACAAAAAGUGAUGUGUUCUGGUGAGGAGGAAGAUGAAAAACCCAACGACUUCCCAAGUGGAGUAGGAGCAAAACCAAUUUCAGAUGAUAAAGAAAUCAUUGAGAAAGGUGAUGUUAGCAUCAACGAGCCGGAAAAAAGUGUUCACUUCAGUCUUUAUGCUAAUCCAGAGAAAGAGAGCAAAGAAAGGGCAGUGUAUACAAGACAAGACACGCCCUAUGUCCAUGGCAAAACCUUCUCGUACGGCGAUCUUUACGACAGCAAAACAAGCUCAGAGGAAUCCGAUCUGUAUCGCCAAGAGUCUGAUGACAAGGCGGAGCAAGACACUGCAAAAGGCAAAGUGGAUCUGCAGAAACACGAGCCUCAGUCAGCAGCCACCAUCAUGGACAAGACGUCCGAGAAGGAAUUCUCCAUGUCCUCAUGGCUUGAGUCAAAGAGCACCUCUGCCAUAGAUCAACUGGAAAAGGAGACCCAAGAUAAAGAGAUGUUUGAAUACAGCCAAAGUAGUCGUUUCCCUUCGGUGGCGGACAGGCCUGAAGCAUCAACCACUUCUUUGUCAUCAGAGAAAGAUGAAGGAUUUGAUGGUUUGGCGCUAAAAGGUCAAGUGGACAUCACGAAGCCCCCAACGUUCUCCUCAGUGACACCCGACACCUCUGCUGCCUCCGGCUACAGCGAGAAGGGGGCAAGUUUAGAGGUAGAUAUGAGAAAACUAACUGCAAAGGAUGAGGAGGAUUAUGAUGAUGAUGAAGUUAUCGAUGAUGAUGAGGAGGAGGAGGAGGAGGAGGACGAGGAGGAAGAUGACGAGGAAGAAGAGGAAGAUGAUGGUGGCGCUGGUUCUGAUGUGGAGAAAGGUGCAAAAGAGAAGUCUGAGAAGGAAGCAGCAAGUCCUGUAAGUCAAAUGCUUAGCUCAAACAGACCUGAAUUUAUGGUUUCUAUGGCGGGGUACGGUUACAACAGUCAGGGGAAGCCGAGGGUCAAUGAGAGCGGCUCAAGUUCAUUCCUAAAGGCUGAAGAUGAAGCCAAAACGGACUCAAAACCGGUGGAUUCAGGAGCUGGAAGUUUCUCUGGUUGUUCUUCAGGGUUUGAGUACUCAUACUCGACAGAAGAGAAGGACUCAUUCUCAUUAGGUCAAGCUGGAGACAAAGGAAGAGAAGACUCCCCUCUGAUGUCCAAAGAGGACAGUUGUUACCAAAGUGACAGAGCUGAUUCUGAAUUUGACAAACAGAAGACACCUGAAAUUCUGAGUAAGAGUUCUCUUGAAACUAAUUUUCAGUACACGACUACAGCUGCCCCUGGGUACUCCUCCUCCUCGGCCUAUAGCUACUCCUCCUCCACGUCUGGUUCCCUCUCCACCAGCCGGCAGUUUGGAGAGGAGCUGGAGACACCCGCAUCGGCUGAAGCUCUCUUUGAGUACUCAUCUUUUAAAGAGGAACCCUCGCUCGUCAUAGACUCUCCCAUCUCCAGCUCAACUGGCGUCAAAGAUGACUACCUGGAGGUUUCUGAGAAAUACACGACUAUGGCAACCGCAGCAGAGUCUAGUUCCAGUUUAGCUCGCUUCUCACCCCUUAGUCCAUUUGAGGAGGUCAAAUCCUGCCCUUCACAUCCAUCCACCACCAUUCUGGAAGGCAAGGAACAUGUAGGUCCAUUGGGUGGAGUUCCUGAUGAAGGGCUUCCAUCUGACUGCUUUUACAAGCCUGGGUGGUCAGAAGAGACCAAGCUGGACACAGCAGCUGGAUUUGGGGCUGCAGCAGGUCCUUUUACAGAUUUCUCCAUGGAGAAAGAGGCAGCCAGUGCUGCUCUGUUCGGUGUCACGUCCUCCCCUCGACCAGACAUUGAAGGCAAGCAUUACUUUGAGGAGACUGACAGCAGUGAAGAAGAGGAUGAGGAGGCAUACAUGCGUGAAAUGACCCACAGGUCUCCUUCCAGCGGACUGGUUGGUAGUCUCCCCUUUUCUGACACGCCUGUUGCUCCAGCUGUAAGUGAAAAGACAGGCGAUGCACUUCCAGAUGUUCUGAGCUCCUACAUUUCAACGCCUCUUCAGAGCAGCAAAGCAGAUAAAACAAACGGUCCCACAGAGACGAGCGUGGGCACCGCCGUUCCUUCUGGAGCGGCAGCAGGAGGAGCUCCAACAGACUCAGCCAAAGUGGAGUCCAGAGAGGGAGCUGCAGGUUAUGUCAGGAGUUUGUAUGAGUGGGAGAUGCCAAAGCCUCAAAUGGCUAUGGUGCCUGGAGAUUCCCCUCCUCAUUACCGCCACGAUGACGAGUUUGAGGAGGAAUGUGAGACGGAGCCAGAGCACCCAGCCCGGCCACUUUCACUUGCUGCUGCUGACCAGCCAUUCCGCUCACAGUUCUAUGCAGAAGAAUGCAGCCGAGGUGAGCAGGAUGAUGACGAUGAUGAUGAUGAUGAUGAUAGUGACCAGGAUGUACAUGUAGGAGCGACCUCCUCUUACACUAGCCGCACCUCUCCUGGAUACUCAUCCUCAGAGUACAGGCAGCACAAAGAAGACCUGUCACCUUCCUUCAUCAAUCCUUGCAUGCGCCAGUUUUCGAGCGAUGAGGAUGAUGCAGAGGAAGGCCGCAGAAGUGAUCAGUCACAGGAAGGUGAUGAACACGAUCUGUCAGUCAAAAGAAGGACUCACAAGCAACCCCCUCCUCAGCAGUCCCACACCAGGGACAGCAGCUCCCUGCACCAGGCCAGUGGGAUGGCAGCAGGAUUGGGUCUGGCUACAGAGGACACCCCACCCACCUCCAUCAGUGAGUCUCUGGGCUCUCAGUCAGACUCUGAUGUGCCUCCGGGCACCGAAGAGUACCCCUCAGUCACUGGUGGAGGCAACAUGGACUCAGAUGAGGAUGGAGACUACAUGCCUGUUGAUAAACCAGCUGCAGGAGGAAGCAGCCAUCACUCUGCCUCAAGGAGGAGCCGUGACCCUCCUCCUGCUCCCCUCAUGGACCCUCACCCUCACCCUCCUCAGCCAGAUGUUUGCAUGGUGGAUCCCGAGUCUUUGGAAAAUGGCUCUUUCAAGAAAGAGCCAAAAGCAAAAAGCUUCAAGAAGACUUUAGGAAAAACCAAAUCAGCAUCUCCAGCUCGACGCAAGAGGUCUCCAAUGCCUGUCAAACAGACGCCAUCUCCUCGCAGCACUUUACUGAAGAAAAAGGAAGCAGACAAGAGUUCACACAUGUCUCGUCUGUCAGAUGGACAAGGCUCUAAAGACGAUGACCUCUCCAGGUCGAGCUACAACCCAGGCAAAGGGCUGACAAAUGGCGUCAAAAGUAGCUCAGGUUCUCAGAAGUCCAGUUCUGCAGCUGCUCCCGGCCUCCCCAUUUAUGUGGAUUUGGCCUACAUUCCAAACCACUGCAGUGCCAAGAAUGUGGACCAAGAAUUUUUCAAACGCAUUCGUUCUGCGUACUACGUAGUGAGUGGAAACGAUGCUACAGGCGGCGAACCGAGCCGCUCGGUCCUUGAUGCUUUGUUGGAUGCCAAAGCUCAGUGGGGAUCAAACCUACAGGUGACUCUGAUCCCGACCCACGACACUGAGGUGACCCGUGACUGGUACCAGCAGACCCAUGAGAGGCAGCAGGAGCUCAACAUCAUGGUUCUAGCCUCUAGCAGCACCGUCGUCAUGCAGGACGAGUCUUUCCCCGCCUGCAAGAUUGAGUUUUAGGACCAGUUUCCCCUCUCCUCCAUCCGUUGCACCGUCUUGUUUGUUUCAUUUCAUUACUUCCUUCUGUAAAUUCAUAUCUGUUUCUAAUGAAACCGACCCGGAUAGUGUUCUUCUAAAAAUCAUUUUGGCUGUUAGUACCACAGAGACCGUUCUGAUUUAUUUAUCCUUUUGUCCGGUAAAGAAAAUAUUCCAGACUUGUUUUUCUGUUUUCUAAUCUGGUAUCUUUCAGAUUCUCAAAAAAAAUUGAUUAAUUAAAUAAUUGUUGGGAAUCAUUUGGGUAAUGAUAGACUCAAAUAAAUAAAUAAAUAGGGUCUCAAAUACCGGAGACAACAAGAGAAAUGCUGUUUAAAAAUCACAAGAGCAAAAGGGCAACAGUCUCAACAGCAUAAUGAUCACUUUUAGCUCCUGUAAUAAUUAAGAGAACACUGCUAUUAACAGUAGGUGAACAUCUGGCUUCAUCCCAGCUCCACACUGACCUUCAGCUUCCAGAAACACUUCAGACUCAUUUGUGCUUUUCUUGUUGCUCUUUUCUCCUUCUGUCUGAUUUAAUUUUUGUUUACAUGACAACGUUCUUUUUCCUCCAACUAACACGGUAAAAUAGAAACCUAGAAGAGGUAGAUCCAGCGGUCCGUUUACUGUGAACUUGUUGUAGUGUAGGCUCAUGAUAAAAACUCUGUACCGUAGGAUUAGAGUAUUUCUAUAUCUGGUUCUCUCAGACCAGUAGGACCUUCUCGGUCCCUUCCUACAGUGACGACGACGGCUGAAUUUAUCUGGAUUACUUCUGUAGAUUUUGGUGUCACUUUUCAAUGUAACUGCAGUGAUUAUAUUGUCCCAGAGGUCCCGUAGAGAGCUGUAGACACUGGAAACCUAGCCUGGUUUUAUCAUCUGAAACCACCCAGAGCUCAUUAACCUCACGUCGGUUGAUGCUUGCUUGAGAAUGAAGAAUGUAGUCCACUAACAGGAACAUGUGGCUGUUUGGUUGAUGCUUAUCUGUCUCCCACAUGUGCCUUUCUGUCCGGCUGAGCUGGAUGGAAAACAAAGAGAUGAGUGAAAUGUGAUGGGGAUGUCCACGGCCCUGUGGCGGAGGCUCAGUAAGCCCCACUCCUCUGCUGGUCAAAUCUCUCACUGAGAAGGAGUCCCGGCGUGUGAGCAGAAAACUUCGACAGCACCAACUCAGUAUUUCAGCUACCACUCAGAGAAGCACAAGAGGAACCAGUGUGUGAAACCUAAAUCUGAUUCAGCUUUUUGCAGUUUUGGCAACAUGACAUGUAUCGUUACAGCCCUGAAUCGCCUUUUUGUUGUUUUAUGUUGUUUCGGUGCAAACUCUGAUUGUUUUAGGUAAGGUGUUGGCACAAGAUCCAUUUGCGUGAUUAAUAAUUUUGAAACAAGGACCAACAAGUCUCAGCAGGGUUACGAUCUUUUGAGACCUAAACUGAAACUCCAGCGCUUGUAUUUAUUCUAAUCCCCUCCUCCCAACGUCUGUGCAUGUACAAGAGAUGCAUGUACAUAAACACGGGCUGAGGGCAGCAACUCCAAUACAUCUGAAUGUGAAGAUGCAGAAUUUACCUUUACGUUCUCCGCGGAGGACUCAGAUCUCCUGGUUGCCUUGGUUACCAUGCAUCGUACAACACACAUCGGUCAAAUUAACCGAAACACAGCACAGCAAAGCACAACAAAAACACACACAGACACCACAUUGGGACGUUAGAUUAAAGAGUGCGCUGCUGCACCGUCACUCAAGCUGCAUCUCUGUUUCAUUCAUUCUAUAAAACUACUGCCAGACUUGGGUCAACACCUUUUUACCUGUGAGGAUGUCCUAAACUACUCCUCACUUCACACACCUGACGCUGCAUUUUCAAUUGUGCGAAAAGGGUUUUCAAAAAGAAAAACAGCUGUUGUUGAAGUCUUUUCAAAGACUGUUGCACCCCUGUGAGCCCUGCUUGUUUGUGCAUGUUGUAACUUUUGAGUUCUCCUGUAUCGAAACAGCGGAAGAAACUCAGACUCCAUAUCGAAGCACUACGUUUGUGAGAAGCUAAGCUGCCCAGUCUGGAGGAGGCACAUGUAAUCUGGCUUUGCUGUGUAGUAGAAGAGCCCUGUGAUGGUUCUCCUUCCUUCUUGCUUCAUAAUUAUUAUUUCUUCUCGUUUUAAGUGCAAUAUUUUCUUUAAUUCUCUUUAAAUGCUUAUAAAAGUAAAACAGAAACCAGAUUUAUUGCUGAAAGGGAAAACAAAGUGUGCUAAAGACAAAUAAAACAUUUACUGAUGAUAAAACCUC